CGCCAUGUCAAACGCCCAAUCAGGCAAACAGAAAAAGUUGUGUCGCCUGCCACCAGAGUCUUUACACCAAAAAAAAAAUAAAAGAAAAGUUUCAGACAUUCAAUGAUCAGUGGAGGGAAACAGUUUUAAAAAACAGAAAUGUUUCCCGCAUAAUGGAUUCUGCGGAAAUUGCAGUUCGCAAACUUCAUGCUUUAGGCUAUAAGCCUAUUUUAUUUUUUGCUAAGGAAGAUAAGUCUUCAAGCAAGUGGGUAGCAGAUGUAAUUACUCUUUUGGAGCCCACUGCUACUACAAAUAAUUUUCUUGAGAAGAUUCAAAGGGCUUAUGAAUUUCUCCUCCCUGAAGCCACGUCUGUACCAGUGCAGCCCGACACCUCCACGGAACAGCAGGUUUUUUCACCCAAAGAGCAGUGGGCUGAUGAAAAAGCUGAGAACCUGGUCUAUGAACCAACAGAGACCAUAGCUGAGGAAGAGCCUGUGAUUGUGCUUGAUCUGGUUCCUGUUUCUCCUCCUAUUGUUCCUUCUUCUCCGGCUUUCCAGAAGAAGAAAAGAGCCAGAAGCACCUCUCCACCUGCCCCUCCUCCUACUCUGCCAUCUGUCUCUCCCAUAGACCAGCCAAAUCAACAUUCAUAUGAAUCGCCUGCUGCCCAUGCCAUCUCGUUACGUCAGGGUGGCCUAUUUGAAAAUAAGAAGAGAAAGGGUUGCCGGAAAUGUAGCAGACAAAAGGUGUUCCUGUUUGACUCAAUCACUGGGCAUAGGACUAAUGCGGGCAAAGAGGAAGUAAAAAUUCAUUGGUUGCCCUGCUCUGCUUGCGGGAAAAUCUGGGAUGACACCUGGGCACCUGCAAGUGAAUUCACACAUGUUGCUGUCCCCCAAGAGCUUCUUCCUUCAGACAGCAAACAAGUCCUUCCAUGAUGUUGCUCUUUCUUUUUUUGUGUUACAAAGUUGUAAUUUCCAUUUUUCUAUAACUGCAGUUUGACUAUAUUAAAAAGUUUUCUGUGUAA